UAUUUAUUUAUUUAUUUAUUUUUGUUUCCCUUUUCAAUUCAUUGAAAGAGCUCUCUGCUUUGAACUGCCAACAAACAAAACAAAGCUCUCUCUAUCUCUCCCUCACUUUCCUUUCCCUUUCCAUUUGAUAUCGAUUUUCCUUCGGACGGAGGAGAUUAAGAUCAUUAAUUACAAUCACUUUGCACGUACGAAGGAUUGAUAUUGAUUUUCUUUCGGAGAAAUUUCAAAAUAAAAAAAAAAAAUUUAUAGGUCUGGCCGGGUUAAGGAGCAUAGCGGUUAGAUUGGGAAGAAGAAGGAAAAGCAGAAGGAAAGUGAAGAAAGUGAGAGAUAGUUUGAUGGAUUUUUUGAACAAGAUGAUUUUCCCUGUCCGUCGAGUCUUGCUUGCUAUCUCAGCUCGCGUUAAGGCUCCUAAAUCUGGUGCCGGGCUCUUGAAGCUGCACGACGACGUUCAGAUGUGCGGAUAUCAGGACGUGCAGGUGAUGUGGGAAAUGCUGCAAAGAUCAGAGUCGGAGCUCAAUGGUCAUAACCAUGAAAACCAUCCCAAGCGCAACAAGCAGAGACCGUUUUGGAGCGUUUUUGUAUGGUCUAACAAUAGUACUACAGACCCAUCUUUCUCGGCAAAUCAUGCUUAGAUAAUACUAAAAGCGAUCAAAAUAAUUUUGGUGCUUGGUCAACAUGACGUGUGGGCAUCACAUAGUUUAUGAUGUUCAAAAGGGCCACAAUUGCAGUGACUUGGUACAGGAGUUACUGCGUUGAAGGUGUUGAGAAAUGAAUAGGAAAUGAAAAAUGUGUCGAGAGUAUUUUUCCUUUUCCUUUUCUUUGCGCCUUUCUUUUUUGUUUUUUUUGUUUUUUUAUAAUCUACCUAGGGACACUCUUAUGAAUAUUUGAGCUGAAGAUCCCCACUGGCCAUGUAGAGCAAAUGGUCCUUAAUUACAAGUGUUCCCCCGACUAUAUUCCAAGUUGGGGAGAAGUUUUGUAAAUAUGAAUAAGGUUUUGAACAAACCAGAAGAACUUUAAUGGAAUGGAAAGGAAAAUUGCCUUUUCUUUCUAUCUA